AUGCAAGAUUAUGCACACGUCUCCUUGCUAACUGCGUUUCGGACAAGAAGAAUAUCCAAAUUAGCGAAGAUGAUUUUUAUUUUAUUUUAUUUUAUUUUAUUUUAUUUUAUUUUAUUUUAUUUUAUUUUAUUUUAUUUUAUUUUAUUUUAUUUUAUUUUAUUUUAUUUUAUUUUAUUUUAUUUUAUUUUAUUUUAUUUUAUUUUAUUUUAUUUUAUUUUAUUUUAUUUUAUUUUAUUUUAUUUUAUUUUAUUUUAUUUUAUUUUAUUUUAUUUUAUUUUAUUUUAUUUUAUUUUAUUUUAUUUUAUUUUAUUUUAUUUUAUUUUAUUUUAUUUUAUUUUAUUUUAUUUUAUUUUAUUUAUUUUAUUUUAUUUUAUUUUAUUUUAUUUUAUUUUAUUUUAUUUUAUUUUAUUUUAUUUUAUUUUAUUUUAUUUUAUUUUAUUUUAUUUUAUUUUAUUUUCCAUUUUUUUGCUGUUCUGUUGCGUUAUAGACUAA